AUGAGCCCGUCGAGUGCCGUCAAGCCGGCGCGGACGCUGUCGUUCGUCGAUAUUGUCGAGCGGAUGCCGCCCAGCAUGAUCCAGCUCCUCACGGUGCUUGCGCCCGCUAUUCAUGUGAUGCACCAUGCGCUGCUCCUCGUCACCUGGCGCGGCGGCUACGCCAUGCGUGUGCAGUCGUGGAUCCUGCUGGUCGCGUACGUCCAGCUGUGCCUGUACGGCUACGAGGUGCUGCGGUAUGCACCGCAGCUGCUCGUGCUGGCGCUCCUGGGCUACACAUGGCUCCACCGCUCGUGUGCGCGCAUCACAGGCCACCGCCGUGCCUCCGACGAGCGCGGCAGUCCCGAGCAGCUGCGCCGCGCCUUGGUCGAGCUGGCCGACGUGAGCGACUUUGCCGUGGCCAUGCACGAAUGCUUCGUGCAGCCGGUCUACGACGUGCUGACAUGGCAGGUGCCUGGCUACGGACCCGUGCACCUCGUCCUCUUCCUCCUCGUCACAUGGCCCGUGUGGCUCCUGUGCAUGCUCCCGUCUCAUAUGUGGCUGACUCACAUCUACGCGACACGCGCAAACCUGGUGGAGUGGCUCGGCGGUGCGCCGACGGCCUGGGCACACCGCGCGUGGGCCGCCAGCCUCGCGCUGUGGGACGCGCGCAUCGCGCCUCACGUCCCGUCCGCCUGCUUCACGGCCGCAGCCUGGCUCCAAACUCAUGUCGUGCCCCAUCUCGUGCGUGCGGCAGCGUGGCUCACAAGCUCGCCCACGUACGUGUCCCUCCAGCUGUGGCCGCCCUUCCCGAUCGCUUCGCUCAGCGUGCGCCACGUCCUCCUCUUCGUCGGCGUCCUCGUUCUGUCGUGGUGCUCGCCAUGGGCCACACUUCUCCGCAUGGCCCUGUGGCGCAGUGCGUUUGUGCGCCACAGCGUGAUGUGGCUCGUACAUGCCCUCAGCGGCUCCGAGACGCUCGCGGCGUCCCUGCCUACGCCCAAAGCCGCCCUGGCACCUCGGCCACGCACGACGCAGCACGAGACGCCCUUUGUAUUCGAAAUUUACGAAAACCAGCGAUGGUGGAUCGGUUUGGACUGGACAGCCGCCCUCCUACCGCAGGAACGCCCCAGCUGGUCGGACAGCGACAACGCCGCUGUCGCCCCACCCGCCUCGUUCGCGCUGCCGCGCAGCACCAGCGUGCUCCUGCCCUCGUCCCACACGACAGGCAAGUCGGAUCGCCGCACCUCGGAAUGGCGCUGGGUCGACACGGAAUGGCGCGUCGCGGGCGUCGUCGGCGUCUCGUCGUCCACGUACACGCCCGCUGCGAGCACGACGGCCACCGAGGCACAGCGCGAAGAGGCCAGCCAGCGCGAGCAUGUCGAGGUGCCCGACGAGGUACGCCGCUACGCGCGCCCUGCCGAUAUGCCUUCCGCGAGCAUGGACGUCGACGCCGAGGGAUGGCAGUAUGGCGACAAUGCUUGGGACAAGUUUAGCAAGCAAAACGGCAUGGGACGCUACACGCGCCGCCGCCGCUGGCUCCGCAAAGCCGUGCUCGUCCAGACGGUCGAAUAUGGUGUGUGA